CUAAUUAUAAAUAGGUUCCACAUUUCAUAUGUAACGAGUAUAGAAACUCUCUCGUGGUACACAAUAAGUAGCAUAGAUGUCACGCUCAACAUACAAAAGGUUGCCGUUAGGUACUAAAGCACUGAAACCAAACCACACAUAUAUAUAACGUGAGUAUCCAGAACUUGGGCUCCUGCUCCUCGACUCAUAGCGAGAUCUUGAGCUUGACCUUGAGUACGAUUGCCUCCUGUCUCCCGGUGAAACAGAUCUGCUGAAGUUGUUGUAUUAUAGGCUAUGUACGUGUAAAAUGGACAUUGGGAAAGCAAAAACAAAACAUAUUUUUACUACAAAGUGUACAGUUUACCUUGAACGGUGCCUUUCAUCAUACGUAGAACGUGAAUAGCUUCUCCUGUAGACUGGCGAACGUGAGUAGCUUCUUCUGUAGUUUGGCGAACGUGAAUCGCCAGGAGACCGGGGAGUUGUUGGGCUAAGUUUGAAGUAGCUUGAAGUGCAAGCUAUUACUUUCCUGCUUUAUGUAAUAGAAAAUUAUCUAUCUGUGUGAUUCCUAAUGAGUUUAGGAAAUUGUGAGUUAUAUAUAAGGAGAUGCAUAUAUUGUUGCAUAACUUAUGAAUUGUGAAAUUGAGAGAGUUUGAGGUUUUGAGUUAUUUUCCUUCAAGAGAUUAAUAAGAGAGUUAUUCUUAUUUAAUUUGAUUGUGAUUUAUCGAUUGUGAUUCUAUAUGUGGUAUCAGAGCUACAGAUUCGAUACUGGAUCUCUAAUAAAGUUUUCUUGUUCAAAACCUAAAUUCGAACUUGAGAAACAUCAAGGCGAAUUAUAGUGGUUAUGACGGCGAAUGUAUUCAAGUUAGACUCGCCGGAGUCUUACAUGGAUAAAGAUAUGACGACAAGGAGUAAGGUAGCAGUUCAAAGAAUUCUCACACAUCGCAAGUCUAACAAGAAGAAGAAGAAGAAGAAAAAGAAGAAGAAAGCAAGUGUUAAAAGGCAUGAUUCUGAAGCUGAUGAUGAUGGUGGAAAGAAAUCGAAGACAAAGAAGAAGCACAAGAGGGUAUCUGGUGGUGAUGAGAUAGUAAACACUGAAACCUCCAAAGUUAAUCGAAGGCAUGAGAGAGCACUCGUCAACAGUGAUAAUGAUGGUGCUAAGAGAGAUAGGAGAAGGCGUGUUGUUUGCGAUGAGGGAAAUACAACACACAAACCUAAGAAGAAAAGGAGUAUACUUGCAGAAACUGGGAUUAAACGCAGUCUACAGUUAACCGCGCGUGAGAGAAUGGCUGAAAGUUUCAAGGAACUGACAGGAGGGAUACUGAUCUAUAGGAACAGAGGCUACUUGGUUCUGUACCGAGGAAAGAAAUUUUUGUCACAAGAAGUAGCUGAGGCAUUGGUGGAGCAAAAAAAAUUUGUAAGAAGUUUACAAGACGAAGAAGAAGAGGCACCUUUAAGAGAAGGAUCAUCAGCCCUGAUUGUCCCGAGCAUUGAACUUUGUUAUGAACUCAUUUCUGCUGGUGCUCUUGGUGAAACACUUGACGCGACUCGUAAGUGGGAAAAGAAACUGGACGAUGGUCAUCAUGCAGAAAAGGUGAAACACGAGGUUGAGAAUCUGAGGCAUGAGAAUCUUAUCAGGAAGCUGGAAAGGAAACUUGUUUUUUCUGAGAGAAAGAUAUUGAAAGCUGAACAUGGUUUGGCUAAGGUGGAAAAGUGUCUACAGCCAGCCAGAGCAGAGAGAAGAGUUAGAAAGCAUAACUGAUGAAGAGAUGUUUAUGUUUCACAAGCUUGGUUUGAAUAUGAAAGCUUUCUUAUUGAAGAAGUGUUCCAGCAGUUAAAUUGUAGCAGAGAUGGACUACAUGGAGCAGAAGGAGAGACCAGACUUCAGCUCUUUGGUCCCAACAGACUCAAGGAGAAGAAGGAAAGCAAGCUACUUAAGUUCUUGGGGGUGUACGUGGAACUCUCUCUCUUGGGUGAUGGAAGCAGCUGCAAUCAUGGAAAUUGCCUUGGCUAAUGGCGGAAAUGACGGCGGAGUUGGAGACUACAACUUGGAAUUUUGUCCCAAAGCCACCUGAUGUUAAUGUUGUUAAUUUUAGAUGGCUUUAGAAGUACAAGCUUAAGGCAGAUGGUUCUUACAGCUCGAUUGGUAGCUAAUGGUAAAUCUCAAGAGGGUGGUUCUUAAUCCAGGCUUUUUGUUGAUGCACGUUUUCCUAAUAAUCAGUUGGACUGGAUUACAAUUUACUAAAACCGAAUUAAUCCAGCCGAAAACCACCGCUAGAAAAAAAAAAAAAACUAACCAAUACUAAAGUCGGUAGCCCAUAAAUUUAUAUAGCCCAUGAGACAGGCCCAUGAGUUUUGUGGUCGUCUAUAUAUAAGAUCUCCUCCUCUGUCCGGUUCCCGCUGGUGUUGAGCCUUGUCGUGUCCGUGCGUGUAUAGAAUCUGCGUUGUACAAGGAGAUGGGUUAUCGUUCUCAAGUCCACAUCUAUGCGUUCGGCAACCUGGAAUACAUGUCUAGUGCCCUCUUGGAAGAUCUCUCUUCCUCUGGAAUCGUUGUUUCUCACGCCCCCUGCGGUGGGAACAGUUUAGGAUGUUUAUUGAGCGAAUGGUCUGAGGAUGACCCAGCUCCGGCUACCGUCAUGCUGAUAUCCCGUUGUUAUACCAUGGCUAAUUCUUGUUUUUUUCAGUCUACUGGAUCCAAGUACAAUUUCUUUUGUGUAUAUCCAAAAGAUCGUCGGCCAGUUACCCUUGACAAUGUGCCAGAAUAUAAGAAAGCCUAUGUCAGAGAGGAGUUUGUCUGGGAAAAUUUAUUGAAUGACAACAUGAACAACGCAUGUGAGAUGAUGAAUGAUGAUGAUGAUCCUCUCUUCAUCUGCGAGAUAUGCAAUGAUCUUUUCAAAAUAUGUGGCGAAUUCAUCACUCAUCUCAAGAGUGAAGAACACAUAGAGCAGUUGUCUGAGAUGGUGCCCAGAGACUGCGACUCCGAUGAGCCUAGACAUUUUUGUCGAGUUUGCAAUUAUCCCGGCUACAACUCUUAUAACAUGCUCCUCCAUAACCAAAGUGAAGGACAUAUUCGGAAGCUGGCUGAGAGCAGCAGGAAGAGAGCUCCACUAUCGGAUGGCUCUUUUCAGAGAAACAAGAUGCAACGAUGAGGCAAACAAGAAGAGGUUUCUAAGGAAUAAGGAAGAAGGAGAAGCUGUAAUGCCCUGUGGGGGGUCUCUGUCUGUGAUUGAUGGUUUGCCUUUAGUUUCUCUCUCUUUA